CGUCCCAUCUCAGUACAUUGCUGGACUUCCCUGUCCAGCAACCACAUCGAAAGGCGUCAGUGCCUUGUCCGAACUUGUAGUUUUGUGUCCUGUUUCUCCAUGCGUUUUGGUGAGGAUGAAGGCCAUUGAAUAGUCAAAACUUCUGGGUUCAUUUCCAAAUUGACCCUCAGCCUCUUGGACUUGUUCGGUGUAUGGCAGACUAUGUGGAGCUCCAUCUUCAUCAUUCUUUGGUGCCUUUUGGAAAAGAGUGUUGCAAUCAGCAGAAGAUACUACAUUGGAGCCGUGGAGAUAGACUGGAAUUAUGAACCUAACAACCAAAAGAGGGCAUUCUCCCACACCACGAUCACUCAGUACAAGAAGGCUGUAUAUUUGGAAUACACGGACUCGACAUUCACACAAACAAAACCUAAGCCUGCUUGGAUGGGUAUUUUGGGCCCAACUAUUCAAGCCGAAGCCCAUGACAAAGUGGUUGUGACUUUUAAAAACAUGGCUUCCCAUCCUUUCAGCAUACACGCCAUUGGAGUGUCCUUUUGGAAAGCUUCUGAAGGAGCCGGCUAUAACGAUAAAACGAGUCGGACCGAGAAAGAAGAUGACGCGGUGAAACCCGGCCAGAUUCACACAUAUGUGUGGGAAAUCUCUCAAGAACAUGGGCCAACUGGAGCUGACCCACAAUGUUUGACUUAUGCCUAUUCCUCUAAGGUGGACAGCGUAAAGGAUGUUAACUCGGGCUUGAUAGGGCCGCUGCUGGUCUGUAAACCAGGGACACUGAUGAGUAGAAAAACCCAGAGCUUGCUACAAGAAUUCGUGCUGCUCUUUGCUGUGUUUGAUGAAGGCAAAAGCUGGUAUACCAUAGAGAAUGCCUUUUCCACAAACAGCGGGGCUCAGAUGCACACUAUCAAUGGCUUCAUGCAUUCUCCUCUACCUGAGCUCAAGGUGUGUCAGAAGAGGCCCAUCUACUGGUAUGUCAUUGGCCUUGGAACCAGACCUGAAGUCCACUCCAUUUUCUUUGAGGGACACUCUUUUCUUGUGAGGGACCACCGACAGGCCACUCUGGACAUCUCUCCAGCCACAUUUCUCACUGCCGAGACAACGCCCAGAACCAAUGGCACAUUUCGGAUGUUCUGCCAAAUUCCAUCCCAUCAACAAGCUGGAAUGGAAACCUUCAUUAAAGUGGAUGCCUGUCCAGAUCCACUGGAGAAGAAGAUGAGGAUGGCAGAGCCAAGUGAAGACGAAGAUGAGUAUGAAGAUGACUAUGAUAUGGACACCGUGGUGAUCAACAUGGGAGAUUUUACACCCAGGAUUACCGGUCGUUCCCGUGCCAAGAGGCUUUCUGUGAUGUGGGAGCAUUACAUUGCAGCAGAAGAGGUGGACUGGGACUAUGCCCCAGCCAAGGGCUUGAACCCAGAUAAGCAGUUUCUGGCACCUGGUCCCCAGCGGAUUGGCUCAAAGUAUAAGAAAGUGAGGUUUGUGGAAUACGAGGAUAGGACAUUCACGAGACAGAAGGGGUCGAAUCCAGAUCAUAUGGGGAUCCUGGGGCCGGUUCUCAAAGGAGAAGUUGGGGAUGAAUUUAUGAUUAUGUUUAAGAACCUAGCCAGGCGGCCAUACAACAUAUAUCCCCAUGGCAUCAGCAACGUCACCUCGUUUUUCCAGCUGGGAAACGCCAAAAAUCUCAACAUGAAACUGUUGCCUAUACGACCUGGCCAGAAGUUUAUAUACAGGUGGAAAAUAAUGCCCGAGGACGGCCCAACCCGAUCUGAUCCCCAUUGCCUGACUCGCUACUAUUCCAGCUCCAUCAAGCCUGCUAAGGAUUUAGCGUCUGGGCUAAUUGGACCCUUACUCAUCUGCCUGAAAGAGACCAUGGACCAAAGAGGCAAUCAGAUUAUGUCGGAUGAAGCAAGGUUCAUGCUGUUUUCUGUCUUCGAUGAAAACCGCAGUUGGUACUUGGCGGAGAAUAUCAACCGAUCCUGUAGUGAUGCAGCCAACGUCAACCCCCACAAUCCCAAAUUCUAUGCCUCCAAUGUCAUGCACAGUAUAUGGACACUGGGAUGCUUGAAUCCUGACUUCAGAAAACGAGGAAUGAGUGCCAAGUUAAUUGUUUUCAAAUGCUCACAAGAAGUGGAGUCCGAGGAGGAAGAUUAUGGAUAUGAUGAAACCAUUCCAGAGGACUACAUGAUUCAAGCCAACAUCCUACAACCAAGAGGUUUCCGAAAGAAGAAAGUCCCUUUCCAGCCUUACAUAAAGACUGAUGAUAGUAAUGCCAACUCCACUUCAAAUAAUGAAAUAUUGAAUCAGAAUCAACAUUCAGCUGUAUAUCUUGGACAACCCAACCAGGUUACCAAGUUAAACAGGAAAACCAACUUGACAGACCCAUUAUUUCUACGUCAAGAAACUUUAUAUCUAGAUGACAUAUCUUCAUCUUCACCACAAGAUCCAUCCUUUGACAUCUUACCCAAUGAUGUUUUUUCAGCUGCAGAAGAAUCAACCACACUGUCAACCUCAUCAAUGCAAAGUUUCCAAGAACAUUUCAGAAACUCAUCUCUUGUUCAUGAAGAGCCACAUAAUGGGAGAUCACUGGAGACCACAACUCAACUAGUUCAUGAAAAGCUUGGCUUAGAAAUGCCCAAAGAAACAGAAAGAACCGGGAUGCCCCAAGAAUAUUUGAUACACUGGGAGAAAGCAGAGGAGGAAAAGUCAUCUUCAUCCCACCCACUGGAAAAAGUGGAGAUGUUUCAUGACAGUCCUAUUACCACAAAUCAAUCCAAAGUGUCAUUUGGUAAUGAAAUCUUUGUUGAAAAUCAGACUCUGAAGGCAAUAAUUGGUGACAGCCUUUCAAAACUAAAUAAAAGAGGUCCAGAUUCCAUCAAACUUGAAAGAACAUCAGAGGGAGAUGCAUUGAUGGCAAAUACAGUGUUAAAUGGGGAAGGGGUGUCGCAAGAGGCAUCUGUGAAUGACAGCGAUUCCGUCAACAUCACUAGUGCAUCAGCAUCAUUAAAUGACUUGGAAAGAGAGCCGGUUAUUCAAGAUAUAGCACUGGAAAUUCAAAACACUGGUUUGCCAAGAGCAACAACAAGCCCUGCAGUUAAAGAUGUAUUAUUGCAGAUGUAUGACGCCGUCUCUGGAGAUCCAAACAAUUAUUCAUCCUAUAAAGCAAGUGGCCAAGAGACCAAACCACUAGAAAUCAGAAAAUCAUUACAGUCAGUAUCAAAUGCCUCCAAAAUUAUGGAAAACGAGAGCACCUCAACAUCCUUAAGUGGAGAUCUAAAGGGAAUAGAUGGCAUACAUUUUCAGGUCAGGAAAGAGACGAUGACGCAACUUAGAAUGGAUAGAACGACUGAAAGCUCAGAUAUUUUGAAUGAACACAACUCCUCCUUUGCACAGAAUGGCAAGACAAUGGAUUUAGAUAGAUUGGCUAGCCCCCUAAGCAAUGCUAUAUAUAAUAAUGACAAUCUGGAUAAUAAUGCUAGAACACAUUCCUUUUACUAUUAUGAAGGAACAGGUAAUUUAACACACCAAGUAAUUUCCCAAGACGCUAACCAGGACAAUAAUCAAUCUGGAAGAGAAAACGAAGCUUUCCACACAUUGGAUGCCAUCUUCAAUAGGAGUCAACUCAAGAGUAUCCUCCAUUCCUUAGGACCCCUAGAUACACUUAGAGAGAGAAAUGUUAAACAACCGAGGCCAGCAGAUGUCAAAUUUAAUAUUUCUGAUGGGAACAAAGAAAAAGAAGAUGUUUUUCAUCAAGGCCAUACAUUUUCAUCACAAUCAGUUGACUUGGGACAUGGUCCAGUUUCUGAAGAGCCUGAGAGAAAAGGAGAGAGCCAGAUACUAUCAAAAUUAGACUUCCAGAGUCCUGAAAAGUUGACAGAUGAAACAAAGAUGGCAUCCUGCCAACCGGGUUCCCAUGCAUGUGGUGGCCACUUGGAAAAACGGUCAUUGGAAGUACUUUCCGCCACAUUGAAAGAAACAAGUACAGCAAUGACAAAUGAAACCAAAAGUUUGAGUGAAGCUGAAGGACAAGCUGAUGCUUUGCUCAGUGUUAAUAUGAGGAAGGGAAAGAGUGAAACCAUGACUUCUACCACAAGGGCAAAUAUGACAGUUGAGGUGGAAGAAAGGAAUCAAAAAGCUUCCCCUGGUAGGACAACGGUUGCAUCUUCUCCAUCAAACUCAGUCAGAUAUGUCUCAGCCUCACAUUCCUUGAACAUCUCUGUAACCGAGACAAUCACUCAAGAUGGAAACAAAGAGGCUUCAAAAGAUGGCCGCUUCAUUCAAAAGCUAGAGGAUGCCAAGAACAGUAAUGCUAUUCCUAAGUCUGGGAGAACUAUAGACUAUUAUAUAAAAAACAAAUCAGAACUGAGCCCCACUGUCUUUGCAGGAGGAAAACACACAGAUGUCACUUCGACCCUGCAGAAGACCACUGGGCAGAUCAAUGAGGUUGGACAUACUGAAACAAAGGAUUCCCCAACUAUGGAGCAUGUUGAUAUAGAAAAACCUUUGCAAUCACAUCUGAGAGAUUCUGGUGUGGGUCAUGAGCAAACAUUAGGGAAUGAGUCUUUGCUGGGUGCCACAAAAAGGGAGGAGCUUGGGAUUUCAGCCAAAAGGGCUUCAGUAGACAAUGAUGUGCUUCCUCGAGGUGACUUGACCAUCAACCAGAACCUCCAAGAUGAACCAGUGGAUGAAAUCAAAGAAUUUGGUGGUGAAGGAGGCAAAGUUCCUCCCCUCAGGAGUAAACUAUUAGUUUCUGAAGGGAAGACAGAGGCUGACAUUCAGACACCCAGGAAAGGCGAAAGCAUAGAAAUGAUCAAUUCCAUAUCACCUUCUAGCUUCAGUAGACCAGUCAAGACAAACUUCUCUAAGAAUCUGAAAGGAUCAUCUGACUAUGAUGACUACAGUAACACAGAAGAGACCUUGGAUGAAUUUGAUAUUUAUGGAGAAGAUGAGCACGAUCCACGGACUUUGACAGGGAAAGUCCGUCAAUAUUACAUCGCAGCAGUUGAAGUGAUGUGGGAUUAUGGAAGCCAUAUUCCUUCACCAUAUCUCCAAGACCAGGAUCUGAAGAACAAGCCAUUCGUAAAGUAUAAGAAAGUUGUCUACAGAGGGUACCUUGAUCGGACCUUUACUCAGCCAUUCGCCUGUGGAGAGCUGGAUGAGCAUUUGGGCAUCUUGGGGCCAUACAUCCGGGGACAGGUUGGAGAUGUCAUCAUGGUGACGUUCAAAAACAUGGCUUCUCGCCCAUUCUCCUUCCAUUCCAACUUGCUGCCCUACGAGGGAACUAUGGAGGAGAGACGGCAGCCUUGGAGGGAGGAAGUGCAGCCAGGCGAGAUCAGGGAGUAUUCCUUCACAGUCUUGCAGCAAAUGGCUCCUACGACCCAUGAGUUUGACUGCAAAGCGUGGGCAUACUUCUCCAGCGUGGAUCUGGAGAAAGACCUACACUCCGGUCUUAUUGGGCCUCUGGUUAUCUGCCACCCUGGUGUGCUGAGCUCCACUCACCUUCGGCAGUUGUCCAUCCAGGAAUUCACUUUGCUGUUCAUGGUCUUUGAUGAGACAAAAAGCUGGUAUUAUGUUGAGAACCUCGAAAGAAUCUGUCUGCCCUUCUGUGGAAUCAGUACAGAUGAUCCUGCCUUGAAAACAAACCAUUCAUUCUAUGCAAUCAAUGGCUAUGUGAGGGAUACAUUGCCAGGGCUUGUGAUGGGUCAACAUCAGAGAGUCAGGUGGUACCUGCUGAAUGCAGGUGAUGCUGAGGAUAUCCAUUCUGUCCAUUUCCACGGACAGGUCUUCACCAUCAGAAAGGACCAGGAGUACCACGUGGGUGUCUACAACCUCUAUUCUGGAACUUUUGAAACAGUGGAAAUGCAGCCAUCCCAUCCUGGGAUUUGGAGAGUGGAGUGUGCCAUCGGGGAGCAUGAGCAGGCUGGAAUGAGUGCCCUGUUCUUAGUGUAUGACCAGCGGUGUCAAACGCCUUUGGGCCUGGCUUCUGGGUACAUCGCCGACUCUCAGAUUACAGCUUCAAGUCACCAUGGUGAAUGGGUUCCAAGUUUAUCCAGGCUACACAAAUCGGGGUCAAUCAAUGCCUGGAGUACGGACCAGGAGAAAGCUUGGAUUCAGGUGGAUCUGCUACAUCCAAAGAUCAUCCAUGGAAUACAGACACAAGGAGCGCGUCAAAAGUUCUCUAAGCUCUACAUUUCCCAAUUUGGCAUCUUCUACAGCCUGGAUGGCGAGAGGUGGAAGGUUUAUAAAGGCAAUGCCACCAGCUCUGAGAAGCUAUUCUUUGGAAACGUGGGUGCGACUGGUGUGAAAAACAAUGUCUUUGACCCCCCGAUUGUCGCCCGCUAUAUCCGCCUUCGCCCGAACUACUUCAACAUCCGCAACACAUUACGCAUGGAGCUCAUCGGUUGUGACCUGAACAGUUGCUCCAUGCCGCUGGGAAUGGAAAACAAAGCCAUCUAUGAUGAACAGAUCUCUGCCUCUUCCUACAUUGACAAUGUCUUCGCCACUUGGUCCCCCUUUCAAGCCAGGCUUAACUUGGAUGGUAGAACCAAUGCUUGGAGACCAAAGGUGGAUGGCAUGUCCGAAUGGCUCCAGGUGAACUUUCUGAAGACCAUGCGGUUGACAGGGCUGGUGACCCAAGGUGCAAAAGCUGUCUUCACCAAAAUGUUUGUGCAGGAAUUUUCUCUCUCAAGCAGCCAGGAUGGCACACGUUGGAGUCCUGUUUUGCAAGAUGGAAAAGAGAAGAUUUUCCAGGGAAAUCAAGAUCAUCUCAGCCCUGUGGUAAAUUUCCUGGAUUCCCCUAUUUUUGCGCAGUAUUUGAGGAUACAUCCACGCCGCUGGAACAAGCACAUUGCGCUACGGAUAGAGAUUUUGGGCUGCGACACCCAGCAAAUGGUCUAGUAGAGAUCAAUCUAUAUUUUAUCUCCAUGAAGAUCUUUCAGACACCUGAGACACAUUCCAGGGGGAUCCAGUACCAGAACAGCUGAAAUUGUUAAUGCUGACAACAAAAGAACAUCACCUGCCUAUUGUUCGGUAACAGCAAUUUUGUAAUGUAAGAGUAUUAAAGUAACUAGAAAUGAUUUUUAAAAUAGA